UUACACUUUCCUCGUUUCCCUUUCUCCUUUUGUGUAUAAAGUCUAUAAAGCAUCUUCGGUCGAUAAAAGUAGAUCGGAAUUUCCAAGGGUUGGUUAAGAUCGGCGCAUUAUGACGCGAUUCCAAGUGGGUGGGAAAGUGGUUGAGAGUGUUGAUUUGCUUAAGAAGAGACACUGGUCUUGGCGUUUGGAUGUUUGGCCUUUCGUUAUUCUUUACGGUGUCUGGUUUAUUACUGUAGUACCUAGUUUAGACAUUGCCGAUGCCUUCAUUGUUCUCGGUGCUCUCGUUGCCUUUCAUUCCCUCGUCUUCCUCUUCACUGUUUGGUCCGUUGAUUUCAAGCGUUUUGUUCAGUAUUCCAAGGUGGAUGACAUACAUCGAGCAGAUUAUUGUAAAAUCACUCCAGCUAAGUUCUCUGGAAGUAAAGAAGUUGUGCCUCUUCACUUUCGAAAGCUGGCUGGUUCUUCAUCCUCUGAGGGUCUGGAGGAGAUUUAUUUUGAAUUCAGGAAGCAACAGUACAUCUAUUCAAAGGAGAAAGGAACUUUCAGUAAACUUCCUUAUCCUUCAAAAGAGACGUUUGGAUACUAUCUUAAGAAUACUGGCCAUGGAACUGAAGCUAAAGUUGUUGCUGCAACUGAGAAAUGGGGCCGGAAUGUGUUUGAAUAUCCUCAGCCAACAUUUCAGAAACUAAUGAAAGAGCAGGUCAUGGAGCCUUUCUUUGUAUUCCAGGUCUUUUGUGUGGGUUUAUGGUGCUUAGAUGAAUACUGGUAUUACAGUUUGUUCACCCUGUUUAUGCUGUUUAUGUUUGAGUCAACAAUGGCUAAAAGCCGAUUGAAGACCCUGUCUGAAUUAAGGCGCGUCAGAGUUGACAGCCAGACUUUGAUGGUGUAUCGCUGUGGAAAGUGGGUGAAGCUCUCUGGGACUGAACUGUUACCCGGAGAUGUUGUGUCCGUCGGGCGCUCUGUUGGUCAAAAUGGAGAAGACAAGUCUGUACCUGCUGACAUGCUUUUGCUAGCUGGAACUGCUAUUGUGAAUGAAGCUAUUCUGACAGGCGAAUCUACUCCACAAUGGAAGGUUUCAAUCAUGGGUAGAGGAACUGGGGAGACAUUGUCUGCUAGGCGAGAUAAAGCCCAUGUGCUUUUCGGUGGAACCAAAAUUUUGCAGCAUACACCCGAUAAGAGCUAUCCAAUGAAGACCCCUGAUGGUGGAUGUUUGGCUGUUGUUCUGCGAACUGGGUUUGAAACAAGUCAAGGCAAACUUAUGCGGACUAUUUUAUUUUCCACAGAGAGGGUUACUGCUAACAGCUGGGAAAGUGGGCUUUUUAUUCUUUUCUUAGUCGUUUUUGCGAUAAUAGCAGCAGGCUAUGUACUUAAAAAGGGUCUCGAGGACCCAACAAGAAGUAAAUACAAGCUGUUUCUGAGUUGCUCAUUGAUAAUUACUUCAGUUAUCCCUCCGGAGCUGCCAAUGGAGUUAUCAAUAGCUGUUAAUACAUCUUUAAUUGCUCUAGCACGACGAGGGAUAUUCUGUACAGAACCUUUCCGGAUCCCAUUUGCUGGAAAGGUUGAUAUAUGUUGUUUCGAUAAGACUGGGACCUUAACAUCCGAUGACAUGGAGUUCUCGGGGGUUGGUGGAUUGACUGACAGCGAGGACUUAGAAAAAGAAAUGACUACAGUUCCAGCUCGUACUCUGGAAAUUCUUGCUUCUUGUCAUUCUUUGGUUUUUGUGGACAAUAAGCUGGUGGGCGAUCCUCUUGAGAAGGCUGCGCUUAAAGGGAUUGAUUGGACAUACAAAUCAGAUGAAAAAGCCAUGCCAAAAAAAGGUGGAGGUGAUGCUGUUCAAAUUGUGCAACGACACCAUUUUGCAUCUCACUUGAAAAGAAUGGCUGUAGUUGUUCGUCUUCAGGAGCAAUUUUUCGCUUUUGUCAAGGGUGCACCGGAGACAAUACAGGAAAGACUCAUUGAUGUACCACCAUACUAUGUACCGACCUACAAGAAAUACACCCGUCAAGGAUCACGCGUAUUGGCUCUGGCUUUCAAGUCUCUGCCAGAUAUGACAGUUAGUGAAGCCAGAAGCCUGGAGAGAGAUAUGGUGGAAAGUGGACUUACUUUUGCUGGUUUUGCGGUGUUCAAUUGCCCCAUCAGAGGAGACUCAGCCACUGUCUUGACUGAAUUAAAGCAAUCAUCUCAUGACUUGGUCAUGAUUACUGGGGAUCAAGCUUUGACAGCUUGCCACGUGGCUCAACAAGUCCACAUUAUCUCAAAACCAGCUCUGAUUCUGGGACGUGCGAAGAACAAGGAAGGGUAUGCUUGGGUUUCUCCCGAUGAGACAGAGACAGUCAGCUACAGUGAAAAUGAAGUUGGAGCUUUAUCAGAAGCUUACGAUCUCUGUAUCGGAGGCGAUUGCUUCGAGAUGUUGCAGCAGACAUCUGCUGUCCCCAAAGUUGUUCCUUAUGUAAAGGUAUUUGCAAGGGUUGCCCCUGAGCAGAAGGAGCUUAUAUUAACCACUUUUAAGUCCGUGGGAAGAAUGACAUUGAUGUGUGGUGAUGGGACUAAUGAUGUUGGAGCUCUAAAGCAGGCACAUGUGGGAGUAGCUCUACUUAAUGCAAUGCCUCCUCCUAAAGGGGAAAAGUCAUCUGAUGGAUCGUCUAAAAAUGAUACCGCAAAACCUGCCAAGUCUAAGAAACUUAAACCUGCUACAGAAAAUGGAGAAGGCACUUCAAAAAGUAAAGCUACCAGCAGCAGCCAAGCUGGUAAUCGCAAUCUCACAGCUGCAGAGAUGCAGCGGCAGAAGCUCAAGAAACUUAUGGAUGAGCUUAAUGAGGGAGGAGGUGAUGGUCAGGCACCGAUUGUGAAACUUGGGGAUGCCUCAAUGGCAUCGCCAUUCACUGCAAAGCACGCUUCAGUCUGCCCUACCACUGACAUCAUCCGUCAAGGUCGUAGUACCCUAGUCACCACCCUGCAGAUGUUUAAGAUACUUGGACUUAACUGCCUUGCUACUGCCUAUGUCCUGAGUGUAAUGUACUUAGAUGGUGUCAAGUUAGGUGAUAUUCAAGCUACAAUCAGUGGAGUUUUCACUGCAGCCUUCUUUCUGUUUAUCUCACAUGCUCGGCCCAUGCCGACACUCUCAGCUGAGCGACCUCAUCCUAAUAUUUUCUGCGCCUAUGUCUUCCUCUCUCUCCUGGGACAAUUUGCCAUUCACCUACUUUUCUUAAUUUCUUCUGUUAACGAGGCUAGCAAGUACAUGCCGGAAGAAUGCAUUGAGCCGGACUCCGAGUUUCAUCCAAAUCUUGUCAAUACUGUUUCAUACAUGGUAGGGUUGAUGCUACAGGUGGCAACCUUUGCUGUGAAUUACAUGGGCCACCCUUUCAACCAGAGCAUACCUGAAAACAAACCAUUCUUAUACGCACUUUUGGCUGCAAUGGGCUUCUUUACAGUUAUCACCUCUGAUUUAUUUAGGGACUUAAAUGACUGGUUGAAGUUAGUUCCUAUGCCUAGAGGCUUGAGAGAUAAGCUGCUGGCUUGGGCAUUCCUGACAUUUUUGGUUUGCUAUGCCUGGGAAAGGUUAUUGAGGUGGGCUUUCCCUGGUAAGAUGCCUGCCUGGAAGCAAAGGCAACGUCGUGUAGCAGCAAAUCUAGAAAAGAAGAGCAAUUAGUUCUUAGUUGUAUCAGUUUUGAACGGCAGAGAUUUGGAUCUGGCAGGUAUUCACCAGCUUCAUUUUAUUGGCAGUAUAUCUAUCAAGGCCUGCUGGAUGGGUUAUUGUUGUACUUGAAAGAUCAUAACUAAAAUUUUGCUGGAUUUCGUCAUCUCCAUUCACAAAGACCCUAAGCAAAGAUGGCAUAUACCACAGCAGCUUGCUCUUUUUUGUCUUAUAUUCAAGAACUAGACAGAAAUGUUGCCUUAUUUAUGGCUGAUUUGGACUGAAAAGGAAACAGCUGAAUUUUCUUUUUCUUCUACUGUACUAGUGUAUUAGAAUAGCCACAGCACAUUCUGUCAAGAUCAUAAUGGUGAUUGUUUUUAGUUCAA